AUUUGCGUUCUGGUCAUGCUGUCAAUGGCGUAUCUAAGCCUACCAGCCGCCCUUAUCCUGCCCCCACGAGGGUACAGAGCAUGGCAAUGGAUGUCUGGCUCCCUCAGUGGCGGGGGUGGCGUGAUAAAUGGGUGGUGAGACUGAUGACUGGUGGUGACUGAGUGUUGCUAGGAGGUCCCGUCUGGCCAGUCUCGGUCUCCCUCUCCUGUUGCUGACUGCUGAGCUCUGGGUCCCUGUCGCUGUCUGUCUCAGUGAGUUCAGUUAGUCAGCACACCUCUAACCAGCUCUCAAGGGGAUUUAAGUGACCCUAAUUCACCAGGGGCAAGAUGUCGGCCAAGAACAACAUACUGCGCCUGGCCACCUACAUGUGUCCGGGCAUCCCCGUCGAGUAUUAUGAGUUCCUGGCCGAGUACCUUGAGCACCAGCUUGGCCUCCACACCGAGCUGCUCUACAGUUCACGCACCACAGGCCCAGACUCCGCUCGGGGGGACCAGGACCGCAUCGACUUGGCCUUUGUGUCCACGGUGGCCUACCUAGAGAAAUACAAGUCCAACACUAGUGACUUCCAGCUCCUGCCCGUCGGGGCGGAGACGCUGCACCCCACCAAGGGCCCCGUGCUGGGCUACUACUCAGACAUCGUGGUGCACAGAGAUGUCAGGGAUAGGGUGAAGGAGUUUUAUGACAUCCGAGGCUGCAAGUUCGUCCAUGCUCGGCAGAACUCCCUGGCCAGCAACAGACUGGUCCUGCGUAUGCUGAAGCAGAUGGGGGAAGAUGCCUCCUUUUUCUCAAACAUACAAGCCUCCGGGGACCACAUGAAUUCAAUCGAGAUGGUUGUGUCCAAGAAAGCCGAGGUGGCAGUGGUGGACUCCCUGUCUUUGGCCAACUACCUCACGCGCCACUACUACCAGGAGUCAGAGUUGCAUCUCCAUACGUCUUGGGGCCCCCUCCCGCCCCACCCCAUCGUUGUCAACACAAAACUUCCAGCUGCUUUAAGGCAGAGGAUAGAAGACGCAUUACUGAACCUGCACACCAAACCUGAGUGGAUGAAGACACUGGCCGGCUUCAGCAUCACGGGUUUCCAGAACACAUCCUUUGACAACUACCUCGAGGCCAUAGACAUCCUAGAGGCUACCAAGUCACUCAGCUUUGGCAUUACCUACUAUUAAUUCUUACCCAGAAUAGUUCAUAAGUUUGAGUUGGCCCAGUAAGAUAACUUUUAUACUCCUCAACGCUUGGUGAACAUGAGGCUCCCUGGGGCGGUGUUCCCCCUGCACUGUGUCAAGGUUUCUGAAGUCUUCCUCAGGGUGAUUGACAGAGGUCAAGUUUGCCAUUUCACACACACCAUUCCGGUCAGUAUUCUCAUUGGGAACAAGACACUUUUCUUUGUUUUGACACUAAUUUUUAAGCUUCAGCGCAAAUCUCUUUAGUUCAUUUUUUGUUAGCGCUAAUUGGAAUGAUGAGCAGAAAUUGACAAACAUACCAAAAGAUGUUAGCUUAACUGAAAUAAAGCACAAACAGUAGAAUAAAAUAGGUGUCCUCUGGCAAUCACCUUGUGCCUAUGGAUUAUAAAUAAGUAACCAUUGGAAGGGCAAGGAAACUAAGCACUUAUAAAAAACACUUUGGUGAAUUUUUCUUCAGGAUCAGUAUUUGUGCACCGGGCAUUGGUUAGGUUUGUAUUAAAAGUGGUCUUCCGUACAAACUAGAAAGUUUGCCCUCAGUGUUACAUGCAUUUAUCAAGUGACCUUAUGGAAGGUAAUGUUUUAACUCAAAAUGUACAAGUAUUCCUUCAGCUUUGUGAUCAUUAACAUGUUUAUUUUAUUGUGUGUUCACCUUAUUAAUGCCUAUUGUAACUUUAUGUUAACUGUCUGUCUUCUUUGUCAAGGAACAUCCCACUUUUAACAAUGCAUGGAAUGGUGAACACUCUUAGCCUGGCCACACUCAAGCAAAAUGUAGAUAACCAAGUGUUUUAUCAAUAUUUUCCUGAGCCUAGCCACACUCAUAUGAUGUUCUAGCAUAGAAUAUUAGCCCCAUUCCCUGUAAAGUGCGUUGUUCCAGAUUGAAGAACAAGAAAACAUGUAAAAUAGACUGUCCGGUAAAACAAGAGAUGUGCCAAUACCAAUCCUAACAAAUGGCUGAUAUUUUACCAACAGAUACUUUUAUAUUUUGAUUGCAUAUGUUAAAUUAUAGAAGUAUAGAUUAUAUGAGUUAUGACAUAAUGUUACAUGCAACUUUUAUCGUAAGUUCAUGAUCAUCUGUAUUGUAACAUUAUGGAAGUAUAAAUAAUAUCACUAUUACAUGUAGCUUUAUAUAGAAGUACAGAUUGUAUGAUAUUGUUAAACAUGUAUCAUAAAUUCAUAAUCAUCUGCAUCUGUAGUGAUAUUUUCACCUUUCUGAUACUGUCUGCACAUCUCCACUUCAAGCACUAAUAAAGUGGACACACAAUCAUAUCAAAUUAAAGAUAUGUAGUAUUUUGCACUAUUAUCAGUUAAGAUUUAUAAUUUUGGCUUCACUAACCAGGAUAUAAUGCUCAUAUGAAGAGGCAGUUCCAUAUCACCUAAUAAGAUAACUAAGGUAGGCUUACUGUUUACAAGCCCUGGUGUCACCUGACAAGUACAGUUUGGUGUUGUUUCACUGUAAGGAUCUUCACACAAUGCAGGACUUGAAUCUGUGUGUAAAUAGAAGGCAGCAAUGAGCCUGUUUGUUCCUCUGGCUGGAAGAGGAAAGGCAAUAUUUCUUCUGGUUCUCUAAAAGAGUGAGGCAAAGUACCAUAAUAAUUUAAAUGAUUUUUCAUUAAAGCAUAGUAGAGAAAAUGUCAAUUACCUUAUAUUACUUGCUAUACAAAGCCAUUGCAGAAAAAAUUUGGCUAUUCCAUAUUCUUCCCAACAUCCUUCUAUCAAGUUGAUGCAAGGAUGAGUAAAGUAUGAUCCAUACUAAUGGCAGGAAGAAAAGGAGUAGCCAGGUUUUCCCUACAAUGGCUUCGUAUUACAAGAAAUGAGAUGACAUUUUCUCCUCUACUACAUUUUCAUAAAUUAUUUAAAUGAAAUAUGGGAUUGCCUCAGCUCUUUUAUAAAUGCAAAGGAGGCACUGCCUUCCCCUCUGCUAGUCACAAGCACAGUACUCCCUUCAACUUAACUACAGUUUGUAAAGUCCCCCCUGAAUUAAAACUGUAGGAUUUUAAUAAAUUAUGAAUUAA